CCUGGCGUCUAACGUUGCCUUGGAGUGGUGUCGGCGCGCCUCCUCACUCAGCUCUCCGCCGAGCAGCCCAGCGCAAGACCAGCCCAGCAGCGGACAUGUCGGACAGUGGUGGGUGUCAGGAGCCCCCCAACGGCCGCGAGGGGAGCAUGGCGACGCGGCCGGACAGACCGUCGGUGGGCAACCGAGUGACGGUGGUGCUGGGCGCGCAGUGGGGCGACGAGGGGAAGGGCAAAGUGGUGGACCUGCUGGCUCAAGACGCCGACAUGGUGUGCAGAUGUCAGGGUGGCAACAACGCGGGACACACAGUAGUGGUAGACUCAGUGGAGUACGACUUUCACCUCCUCCCCAGCGGCAUCAUCAACCCCAAGGUCACCGCCUUCAUCGGUAACGGCGUCGUGAUCCACCUUCCAGGCCUGUUUGAAGAGGCCGAAAAGAACGAGCGCAAAGGGAAAAGUCUCAAAGGCUGGGAGAAAAGGUUGAUCAUCUCCGACAGAGCGCACAUCGUGUUUGACUUCCACCAAGCCGUGGAUGGCGUUCAGGAACAGCUGAGGCAAGAGCAAGCAGGCAAGAACCUGGGGACGACAAAGAAAGGCAUCGGUCCGGUUUAUUCUGCCAAGGCGGCACGCAGCGGCCUCAGGAUAUGUGACCUUCUGGCAGACUUCACACAUUUCUCAGAGAGGUAUAAAGUCUUGGCCCAGCAGUACCAGGACAUGUACCCCAGUCUGCAGAUAGAUGUGGAGGGCGAGCUCGUCAAGCUAAAGGAUUACGUGGAGCAGAUCAAGCCCAUGGUGAGGGACGGUGUGCACUACAUGUACGAGGCUCUACAUGGGCCUCCCAAGAAGAUCCUGGUGGAGGGAGCCAACGCGGCGCUGCUGGACAUCGACUUUGGGACGUAUCCGUUUGUGACAUCGUCCAAUUGCACGGUGGGCGGCGUGUGCACAGGCCUGGGCAUGCCGCCGCAGAACGUGGGCGAGGUUUACGGCGUGGUCAAGGCCUACACCACCCGAGUAGGCAUCGGUGCCUUCCCCUCUGAGCAGAGCAACGAGAUCGGCGAGCUGCUUCAGAGCCGCGGCAAAGAAGUGGGCGUGACCACGGGCCGUAAGAGGCGAUGUGGUUGGCUGGACCUGGUGCUCAUCAAAUACGCGCACAUGAUCAAUGGCUUCACAGCUUUAGCAUUGACCAAACUGGACAUACUUGACGUCUUGCCAGAGAUCAAAGUGGGCGUGGCCUACAAAGUCAACGGGCAAACUAUACCGCACUUCCCAGCCAAUCAGGAAGUGCUCCUGCAGGUGGAUGUGGAAUACGAGACGCUGCCCGGCUGGAAGAGCGACACGUCGGCCGCCAGGACCUUCGACCAACUCCCCGAGAACGCCCAGAAAUAUGUCUCCUUCAUCGAGGAACACGUGGGCGUGCCUGUCAAAUGGAUCGGUGUAGGGAAGUCUCGGGAGUCCAUGAUCCAGCUCUUCUAGAUCAGAAGCAGCCUGUCAACAGCCUCUCCCUGUCACACACACACACACACACACACACACACACACACACACACACACACACACACACCCACAGCCUGCACUACCUGACUGGACUCUGAUUUCAGACAUGACUUCCGUGUCUCGUCUCGGAACGCUUUCACACCUUGUACUGUCUCAAGUCGGCCUCUCUGCUUCACGCGGGGAUUUUAUACCAGACCCUCAAUAAACUCCCACCAGCGCCUGGAGACAACCUGCUAACAUUAAUAUCACACAGUUUUAAAUGUGCUGUGUGCCGCUCCGUUGUUCUGUGUUGGGUUUUAUUCUGACAGUCAGGUGGACGGCACUUCCUGACAUAAAAGGGAUCUUUUCGCAUUUUAACUUUUUAAUGUCACUCAACCAAAAAACAUGUUUUUAAUCUCUUAGCUGCUGAUAUCUUCCAAAAAAAUAACGUUGCUGUCUUCACACCUUUCUUCCUUUUAGGUUUUAUUUUGAAAGGGUGGAUUGUCCCCAUGUUAAAGCACUACUUGUGUCCUAUUCGAAGUCACUCGCUGAUUUGUUUCUUGUUGUCGUUACUGUUGCACUUUUUCUAAUGCCAUAAAACUCACUCCUACGGAUCCAAAGCAAAUAUCCUCUUGGAGCUGAACGUCCCAUCCUGGCAGUGAGACAUUAAAUGUGGGGAGGUGGAAA